UGGAGCUUCGAUCAGCCACGCAUGACCCCCCAAGGCGGUGGGGGGAUGUAUUGCCAGUAAUCUCCGCCUUUUGAUAGCACGAUACUCCGCCGGGCAUUUUUGGCCGAUCGAGAGAUCCAGGCUCGCCUCAACAUCCAUUGGAAGAUCUACUUUUCUGUUCGUAUCGUGCAUACUUGGUGUUUCUGCAUUCUUUGCUCAGUUCCUCAUGUCUCGCGCAUCAAAGUUGACCCUUGCCGCAACAGGCUUGGGUACUGCAGGCAUUGUCUACUUUGUCCACUGGGCUCAAGAAAACGACAGGGCGGCUAUGCAUAGGGGCGUCGAGCGCGAUAUGGAAAAGCAACGAAUUCGUCAAGAGCGACAGGCCGAGUUCGAGCUGCAAAAACGCCUUGAGCAGGAAUACCUCAAGCUUCAAACCGUUCACAGUACAACCGAUGGCAUAGAUACAGCCAGCCAGAGUACGAGUACAGGGUCAUGACAAUGAGAUGGAGGCUAGGGCGGAGGAAUUGCAGGGAGUUCGAUCCUGAUGAUCCUGGCCUUUAAUGUACCAUGUUGUCUGUCUUCCACGACUAGGGACAGCAUAGUACAUUGAUCCGGUCCCUCAAGAAGCGCUGGGGGAUCUUGGAUCUUGCAACUCAUGGGGACACUCGAAGUGUAACUUCUCCUGAGGAUCGUGUACGAUACAUCCAACUGUAUAUUAUUUUGACCACGAAAGAUCUUGUUUUGUUCAUAUCGAAGAGAACCUUGACCUCGAUUGUUUGGCUACGAACAUCACUUUCUGUAUAAUCCAUCAUGACUAGUCUUGGCUAGGAAUUUUGGAAUAUUCCCCUGUCGUCAGUCCAAGCGACCUCAAUUGUGCCACCAGGACGCAGCACCGUCCAGGAUCAAGCUAAAUAGAUGUCCCGAUUUGACCUUCCAAAGCCUCUUACGUCAAGGAAUUUCUCCA